UGGAGAACCGGCACAAGGAACUACGCCGUCUCCUCCCUUCGCUUUCGUCUUUCUCUCCCCCUCCGGCGACGCCGCUCCGCUCUGCUUUUGGUUCCCGUCUGCUCCGCCUUCCGAUUCUCCUCCACUCCUGCAUAAUCGGUCCUGUGUUGAACUGAAAGCCCAGAAAGGAUAGAUGAGAGCGGCUGGUACAACCUUCACCCACCUCUGGAACUUAUAUUUAGUCACCGAUGAACAUGACAUCCUCUAGUAAGGUUUCCACCUACCACUCAUUGCCUGCACCAGGAUUUGAAAGCGGUCUUACGGAUGAGAUCCAUUCCAAGGUUAUGGGCACCAUAGGGAAUGUGAUCAACUCGUUCGAUACAAAGUCUCUGCCUAAGCAACUAGAAGGUGCAUUGGGAACAGCUGGAAAUGCCAUUAACUCCUUUGAGUCAAAAUUGGCCGGGAAAAAGCAGUUUGAUUUCGAUGGAGGAAAUGAUUUUCUUGAUGGAUAUGAUGAAUGUCCUGACGACUAUUGGGGCUCUGAACCGCCCAGGGCACAAAAGCCAGUGAACAUUAGAAACCUGCUGGGUGGUAUUGUCGCUAUCAUUGGUCGCAGUUGCAAAAAUGAUGAAAUUCAACAAUCAAAGGGCUCUAAAACUAGCGUCUCAUUCUUGGGGUCAAGUAGUGAUGGAUGUACAUUCUUGCAUUCCUCAGUCUACGCACCAAGUGCUCCCCCGUUGCUUGAUGCGGAAGCCUUGGAUUACAAUAUUUAUAGGGUUGUUUUAGAGGCAGAGCCACCAGAAUGGCUACCCGAUAGUUAUGCUGGCUCGUGCAUGCAGUGUGCUGCUUCUUUCACUGCUAUUACUCGUGGAAGGCACCAUUGCCGAUUCUGUGGAGGGAUAUUUUGCAAGGCAUGUUCAAAAGGGAGAUGUCUUUUGCCAGCAAAGUUUCGUGAGAGAAAUCCACAAAGGGUUUGUGAUGCAUGUUAUGAUAGGCUUGAUCCGUUGCAGAACUUGUUAAUUAUUUCUGUCAGCAAUGCGUCACAAACUGCAAAGCAUGAUGUUAUGGAUUGGACUUCUGCAAGAGGGUGGUUAAACUUGCCGAUUGGAUUAACAAUGGAGCAUGAGAUAUACAAGGCAGCAAUUUCCCUUAGGAGCUAUAAUCAGGUUGCAAAGAUAAACCCAGAAAAAUCUAUUCCGCAUGCAGUCCUUAGUGGAGCAAGUGGACUUGCUAUAUUGACAGUUAUAAAAGCUGGUGCAUUUCUUACAUACAAGCUUGGAACUGGCCUAGUAGUUGCUCGAAGAUCAGAUGGAUCAUGGUCUCCACCGUCUGCUAUAGUUUCAACUGGAUUAGGAUGGGGAGCACAGGUUGGUGGCGAGCUGAUGGAUUUCAUCAUAGUGCUUCAUGGUCAAGAAGCCGUGAAUACCUUCAGCAGCCGAAUGCAUUUUUCACUCGGGGCAGGUUUAAGUGUUGCUGCAGGACCGGUUGGCAGAGUAUUAGAAGCUGACAUGAGAGCUGGUAACAAAGGCUCAGGAGUUUGCUAUACAUAUAGUUGCAGCAAAGGUGCAUUUAUCGGGGUUUCGCUGGAAGGGAACUUUGUUGCCACCAGGAUGGAUGCCAAUCUACGGUUCUACGGUGACCCAUAUCUGACGACCAGUGAUAUACUUAUGGGGAACCUGGAGCAACCAAAUGCUGCUAAAUUUCUGUACAAAGCGUUGGAUGACCUAUACUCGGGUCUGGAUUUUUAGCACGAUGCAGACCUCAGAUUGUAAAUAUUUAUUUUCAUUUCGACUAGCUAUUUGUGUUGCUUGGUUCUGAAAAUGCUAGAUAAACAAAUGCAGCGUGUUGUUCCAGUAGGAUGGAAGUGUAAAGUAACAUGUAAGUCCACGUUAUUAUGAAAUAUGGACAUGCUGGACUUCCCUGUCA